GUGGAGGUGGAGCUAAUUAUAGGGUGGGCCAACACGUCGGUGUUGAUCGUGCUGCCCCAACAUCGCGGGAGCAGCGCCUUGACAAAAGUGCAGACCGGGCAGGACCUCCAAGAGAACCAGCGCAACCGCAAGUGCAAGAGCCGCUUUCACCUACGAAAAAAGCUUCGCCCUAUCAGCAUCCCAAUAGCGCGAUGCGGAAAAUGAAAUUGGCUGCGGAAGAACAAGGGACGAGAGGGGGCCACGCGUGGUCGCCGGGGAAUACAGCUGCAGCUCGGGCGACUGCAGCUGUUGCUGCCACUCCUGCUGUGCCGAAGGCCACAGUAGAAACUGGCAGCCAGCAACAUGGGAAUAUGAAACCAGAGGCGAAAACAAGAAGGCAAGCAGCUGAUAAUUGGACGAAAGGUCCGACGAGCUUUUCUUCGAAUAAAGAUACGGCUGAAGAUGAUGGGCAGAAUGCCACAGGCCAUGGCAAAAGCCAUUCCCAUGCCGGAACAAGUAGAACGUCCGCCACAACGAGAGUGAUCGCCAGUCGAGGUGCAAGCGCGGUGGUUGGAGGGCAGGACGAGGAGGACUCCCGGCUGCCGGAGCAGCAAAUGUCUCUGAAUAUAGCUCGUUCAACAUCAGGAUCUGCAUCUACUGCAGGAGCUUCUUCUUCCCACCGCCGACAAAAAGAAAAACAGCAACGUGGCCCCCGCGGCCCCGCCGAAGGUUCUUCACCGAAACAAGCUAAAGAUAAUGAUAUUCCUAAUCAUGACGACGACCCUCAUAUGCUGCAGAACCCCGGGAGCCUGACCCACCACACCCCGGGCCAGCGGUGCGGGCGAAGCUUUCUGUGUUGGAAGUACCCGAAGUGCAAUCAUGGGAGAGGGUGUCAAAAGUGUCAUGUGUGCAUGUUUGAGGAGAUGGAAUACCGGCAAAAAAUGUUGAAGGAAUGCGAGAAGCAGAGACGGG